CAGGAGUUUUCUCCAGCACCACAAUUCAAAGGCCUCAAUUCUCGGUGCUCAGCCUUCCUUAUGGUCCAGCUUGUAUAUGAAUAUAUUUAGGAUCAAGUUGUAAGGGUGAAUCUUAUAGGCAAGGAACACAUAUUUGGAAGUACGUUGCAUGGUGUUCAGAUGACCUUACCUCCAAGUGAGUGGUAGUGGGCAAUUGUAGAACAAGGGCAAGGUGUGUUUUCCAUCUGGAUACUACCUGUCUAGACUUACGUACACCCAGAUCUACCCUUCACAACUGGCAGUGCCUACAGCUUGUCCUGCUUGUGCAGUUUCCAUGCAGGCAUUGGAUAUUCUUGGUGGCUGAAGAAUUGCAGUAUGAACGUCUCCAUGCAUUUGAAACCUCCCAUGCAGCAACCUACUCCAGGCAUUGCGGUACGGCCAUGGUGUGGAGCUGACCAUGGAACUGCUUUUCUAGGAGCCUUCACACCGAGAAGUUAAUGUGGCUUUCUCCAGGAUGUUGACUUACUGAUACAGCACCUUUUAGAAUUAACAAGAACAGUUCUCAAAUGUAAUUGUUGGGAAUGUAUGGAUUCUAGAAUGGUAGAGGGACUUUCCUUGUAUCUCUGUCACUCAACAGUUAAUAAAGGUACUGGUGCAAAUGUGGCCAUGCCAUGAUUCAUCAUAUAAACACACGGACACACCCUGCAAAGAACCACAUUUUGUCAUUUGCUGUUGUCAUCCAAGUAAAUGUGGAGAAAAUAAGAAAGCUGUUCUCCAAACUGCAGUAUUUUCGGUUUGUCUCCUGUCUCUUGUGGGAAAAGCCUUAGCCAAAAUUGAAGUGUCUUUCCAUGAAAACUGGCUGAAUGAUCAAACAGAACUAAUCAGUAAUGAUUCCUCCAUCCACUUGCAAAUCCUUGCAAUUCACUGCUCCUGACAGGUUUCCUCAAACAAUGUCUUUGUCUGUUUCCUGUUGAUUGCUUGACACAGGAAGCCCAGAUUUCCUACUUCAAAUCACUGUUGCUUUUGGGUUCAAGUGACAGAACUUUCCUGUGUGUUCCUGCAUAAACAGCUACCUUAUAAAGGUUGGUUUAGCUGUUUACAUUUCUGGUGAAGAAGGAGAUCUUGGUCUCAUGGACACAGCUCUGUGAAAAAGCCAACCCUGUAUGUGGCAGUUGUGGAAAAAAUCAGAUUGCAUGCUGAGGAAUCAUUAGCAAAGAUAUUGUAAAUAAAACUGCCAAUAUCCUAAUACCUUUAAACGGAUCUGUGAUGAGCCCACACUUAGAAAACUCUAUUCUUCUGGGUGCUGCUUUACAAAAACUGCAUUGGAAAAUUGGAAAAGAUAUUAAAAAGGGCAAGUGGAGGGCAAACACCCUCAUGAGGAAAGUCUGCACAACAUUUGGAACUUCAAGAUUAGAAAAAGAAAGCCAAGUAUGACGGAACACAUUUAACAUAUACAUUAAAGUAUGCAUAGUGUGGGGAAAGGGUAUUGAAUAGUUUUUGUCCCACUUGCGUAAUACUAGAAUCUGGGUUCAUCCAAUGAAGCUGAACAGUGUGAGAUUCUGGGCAGCAAAGAGGAGGUACUUCUGUUACACAUUACAUAGGUAAAGUAUGGAACUCACAACCACAGCAUGUCGUGAUGGCAACUUCUCAUUUUGUGGUUGCAAUCCUAUGCUGUUAUUUGCAUAGGACAAAGUCCCAUGGAAUUCAGUGUGACUUGCAAAGUUCAGAGAUGUUGGUCUUUAUACUGUGGGUCAUGCAUUCCCCACUGCUGACAAAUUAAGAUAUGAAGCUGUAUGGUGGAAAAUUCAAGAGAGAUAACAGAAGGCACUUUUUUACCCAGUACAUAAACUUUGGAAUUCAUUGCUACAGGAGAUAGCAGUGACCAUCAAGCUGGACAAAUUCAUGAUGGAUGAGGCCAUCCAUGGCUACCAGCCAUCCAUGGCUAGUAGAUAGUAAAAUGCUACUUUUGGGAUCAGUGGGCAUACUAGUUGCAGAGACAUGGGCAGGAGGGUGUGCCACAACCUUGCUUGAUACCUGCGAGCAUGAGAGAGAGCAUUUCUGAGGGUGCCACAUUCUGAGGUCGAGCUCCCCCCAGGGCUACUUGCGUAGGACAUUUAAUGUUGCUGCACCCCACACACCGAUGCUUCCAUCUCUUAACUCCCAUCUCUUCACACAAGCUUUGCCUGAAGUGUGAACCAGCCAGCUGUGAUUGUACCACACAUUUGAGUGUCAUUCUACCGCUGAUUAAUUUUGUAUUUUCAUUUUAUUGUAUAUUUAUUGUUGUUUUGCUGCCAUUGUCUUUCAUGUUCACUGCUUUGAUACCUCUGUGGGAAGCAGUACAUACAUUUGAGUUGUAAAUAAAUUGCAAUCAAGUUCUGCUGAGGAUCUCCCAUAGGCAGCUGGCUGGCCACUGCGUGAAGAGAACGCUGGAAUAGAUGUGAUCUUUGCCUGAUCCAGCAUGGCUCUUAGGGUUUGAAUAAACAGGUAUUGCUCUGAUUUAUGAAAGUGUGUGCGUGUCUCUACUACAACCAGCUACCAGCCAGUAGCUUUUCUCCUAGAAUAACAUGGUUGACUCUCAUAUCAUAUGGUAGCUUCAAUUUGGGUUUACUGGAGAGCCUGUCACUUUCUGGUAAAUUCAUUGAACACAUACGGUUUUUGUGCUCCAAAUUCCUGCUCUCAGGAUGCAGGUUUUGCACAAGCGUUUGUAUUUAUAACAUAGUGUUCUCCUUUAUUAGUCUGGUUUAUCCUUCAUUGGAUAUCUGCUGUACUAGCAUGCACCCAGCAUUUCUUGAGCUAAGAGCAGAACUAGAAUUCAGAAAUAUAAUGUACAGAUUUUGACAUUUGCCAGUGUAGAUUGAGGGUAAAGGAUUACAUGUUGUAAUAGCAGAGAAAUCUGGCAUAUGAAAGAGUGGUUUUCUAUCCCCCUGCUUUAUCCCAUAGUUUUAUAAAUGCAAAGGGUUUGCUGAUGUGAGGUGGCAUUCAAGGUACAAAGAAAUGGACUGUUGGUCGCUUAGUAGAAGCAGGAAAAAUACUCCCUCCUGUUCAUGUAAGGCAUCCACUGGGUUGUUCUCACCUGCAAUCACCUUUGGCAGCUUACCUUUCUAGGCUUGUUUGGAAGCAACAAUCCAGAAAUCUGGACAGCACAGUGAGCUUCUGCUUGCUGGUGUGAUCCUGGAUGCAGAAGCUGCUGCUCCUAGUGGGAAGAGCCAAACAAGAAGUCUCUAUGAUACUGUUUUCUCAUGACUGAUAAGCCAGGAUUUAAACCCCCUCACCCCCCAAAUUCUAGCUUAUUUUUUGAAUGCAGCGGUAGAAUCAUCCUACAUGUAAGUUAAUUAUGAACAGUUCUGCCACAAGAAAUCAAGUAGUCUUUUUACAAUGGUACCAAAUGAGUUUUUAAAAUGUCCUUGUUGCUACAAAUUAAAGUGGUAAUAUUCUUCACAAUGCUAGAUGCUAUUUUGGAGAAAUCUAACAUCAGCUCACUAGCAAUAAAUAAGUACAAUAAACCAUUGUGCUUUACAAUACAUCAAUCAGUAUAGGAACUGUUGCCUCUGUAGCAGCAUUCAUAAAUGUUAGGAAUGAGAAGUUCAAACAACCAGUUGCAUUUAUUGCCAGGAUUACUUACAUUAUAUCCUGUGUGGUUGUUUUCAGGACCUGGGAUGUUGACCGAAUGACCUCAGUUGGAAUAAAGUCUCUUCCGCUGAACGGCUUAUCCUCAUAAUCUUUUAUAACUAUUCUGCAGCUUUGCUGUAUACACCUGAAUGCUUUUUAAGGAACUCUGGAAACUUGAAGUGUAUCAUUUAUCAGAUGACUGGAGAAUUACAUUAUUAUUUUAACUUAAUAAUGAAUUUUGCUGGAAGUAGCUUUGAUUUCAUUUUAAAUGGGUUAAUUUUAAAUUGUGUGUGUGUGGGAGCUAAGCAGUUAAUGAUAAUUGUCUAGAAAAGUAUAUAUUCAGGUUGAAUAGUUGGGAGGUAGAGCAGUUGCUGCCGGUUGGUCUAUUUCUUUCAGCCAAGGUCUCUUGAGAUAUCCAAGGGCAGAUUAGUUUUUCUUGUGAAACAUAUAUUAACAGUUGAGUUAUAUAAGGAGUGUAGUAUGCCACAUAUUGUGAAGUGUUGAUUUUGUUAUCCAUUUGUGUCAUGUCAUCAUGUAGAGAUACAUAUUUGGGACAUGGGAUGGGGCAAAAUCACAUGCAUACAUUUUGUAGUGCAUUCCUUUCUUAAAUUAGCAUCUGCAAGGGGCCAGCUGCAACCUUAUUUUCCAAAUGAAGGUUACUUUAAAAAAGAAGAACAAAAGUAUCUGAGCAUUCAGGCGCAUAGAAUCAGAUGCUGACUUCAUCCAAGCAACUGUUGUUCAGACAGCUUCCUGACUGGCUUGUAAGAGCCCAUUUUUUAAAAGUUUUGUUGUGAAAUUCAGAACUCUAUAUACUUUGCUUGCAUUCAUGGCCUGUGACCUUCCCUCUCUAUUCCUUCCUUGCUCACUGUUAUCUCCUGGGUUGCUUUGUAAACCUUCAUGUAUAUUCAUGAGACCUUAUAAAUAAUAAUGAAUUCUACAUGGGAAUCUUAUAGGCCUGGAGGAGCAUUAGAAUACAACACCAGUUGUGCUAUAGAGCUGUCCAAUCAAAAUUUAAUGUGCCUUUAACUGAGCUCUGUUUCUAUAAACAAAGGGACAUAUGUUAAGUCGUAAUAUUAAAACAUUUGUUCUGUUUUGCACAUGGUUUGCUUGUCUUACGGGGUCACUUCACUCACCCAUAGUUUCCAGACAUGUACUAUCACAGCAAACAUGAUUCUUGGGCAGAUUAGAGAACAUCGAAUGCCAGGAGGUAGGAGGAUUAGAAGUGCAAUAACAAAGAAUCGAGAACUAAAAUAAAACUAUCAGUUCAUCACACACUGCAGAGUGUCCCUUUCUGCACGGAGACAGUGCCAUGCAGCGACAAUGCUGAAGCAGCUUGAAGGGCAUCUUCAGCUGGUCUGUUAGCUCAGCCCUCUUCUUUGAAGAGGCAUUCAUUACUUUUUACUUGCAAGGAAUUCAGACCAGCAAACGUGUUCCUCCUCCAUGGUCUCCUCACAGUAACCCUCGGUGAGGCUGAGAGGAAGUGCCUGGCGCAAAGUCACACUGCGGACUACGUGGCUGAGUGAAGGCUAGACCUGGACCUUCUGAGCCCCAGCUUAAUGUUCUGACCACUACACCACACCUUUGGCUUCCUGUUCCCUCAGAAGAGACCCUCCUAUUAGCCAGCAUACCAGGUUGCUCCUAGAUGUGUGUUCCAGGCUGCCCCACCACCUCAGAAGCCUCUCAGUUCGUCCUGCCCCACAUCAGUCCAGAGUCUUCCAGUUUUCCUGUAGCUCCAGCACCGUAAUAUCCCCUACCUCCUUGCAUUCCUCUUGCUCAAGGGCUGCUUCUUUGAACGUGAAUGUUUUGGAAUAGGGCCUGCCUGUGUGCUUUUCUCUUUUUGGCCACAAUGGUAGACAGUUUUGGCAUCUGGAACUUGUGAGCAAACAUUGUGCAGGCUUUGCAAGUUUUGCCCCUUCUUGCUGGGAAGAAAGAAUCCUAUCAAGGGGUAUUUUAGGUCCAUGCUGCGCACAAUCAGAAUUCCCAUUACUCAACUGCUCUUCAUCAGCGCUGCUGUGGGAACUUGUUUGCAAAGGCAGAUUUCAUUCCUCGUUAUCAUAUGCUCUCCUUGUGAUCUCUGGCAUGGAUGACAUGAAUUUUUCUCAUCCUUGUUAACCACAGCUCCGAUGCCCAUCAGAUUCUUGCUGCCACUGGCAUGGCAUGCCAUGACCCUCAUGCUUGAGCUAAUAGACUUCGGGGCGUUCCCUGUCCUUGUUCGCAAGCACGUGCAAGUCCAGGCCAGAGCAGUGCAAUUUCCAAAUGGUGGUUUAAAAUUUCCUCUGCCUCUGCUCGGGAGGGAAGAAGGAAUGACAUGGCCGGCAUUUGCUGUUGGAGGGAGACCUGCCCGCAGUUUCCGUCUGAAUUGUGCUCAGGAGAGUUUGGCGACAGGUGACAUCACACAGAAGGGCUAUGAAAAGAAAAGAUCAAAAUUAAUUGGGGCCUACUUGCCACAACCUCCUGCGGCGAAUGGAGCUGCCGCGGUACGGUGUAGACUACAGCACAGUGAAGGAGCUGCAAGAAGGACGCUCCGCACUAGCAACAUUGGGGUCUGUGACAUCCGAGAAGCAGCAGCUAGAGAGCGCUCAGCACCACACAGCACAGCGGCAAACCGGCCUCUGUUUUACUUUCGUUUUGGAGUGGAUCAAGCACUGCCACAAGAACGCCGAACUCCUGUCACUCCUUCCUCCUCCUCUCGAUACCACCGCCGCAGGUCCUCAGGGUCACGUGAUGAGCGCUAUCGGUCAGAUGUGCAUACAGAAGCGGUCCAGGCAGCCCUUGCAAAACAUAAAGAAAGGAAGAUGGCUGUGCCUAUGCCAUCCAAGCGACGUUCAUUGGUGGUACAAACAUCAAUGGAUGCCUACACACCUCCAGAUACCUCCUCUGGUUCAGAAGAUGAAGGUUCUGUACAGGGCGACUCACAGGGAACUCCAACCUCGAGCCAGGGGAGUAUAAAUAUGGAACACUGGAUCAGCCAAGCCAUCCAUGGCUCCACCACAUCCACCACAUCUUCAUCUUCGACGCAAAGCGGCGGCAGUGGCGCUGCGCAUAGGCUAGCGGAUGUAAUGGCGCAAACACAUAUAGAAAAUCAUUCUGCGCCUCCAGAUGUUACCACAUACACCUCAGAACACUCAAUACAAGUAGAACGACCACAAGGUUCAACAUCAAGGGUGGCACCAAAAUAUGGAAAUGCUGAACUUAUGGAAACUGGUGAUGGAGUUCCAGUAAGCAGCAGAGUGUCGGCAAAAAUUCAGCAGCUGGUCAACACCUUAAAGCGACCGAAACGGCCACCGUUACGAGAGUUCUUUGUGGAUGAUUUUGAAGAAUUAUUAGAAGUUCAACAGCCAGACCCAAACCAACCAAAGCCAGAGGGAGCACAGAUGUUGGCGAUGCGUGGAGAACAGCUGGGUGUGGUCACGAAUUGGCCUCCAUCACUCGAGGCAGCCUUGCAGCGAUGGGGAACCAUUUCCCCGAAAGCUCCUUGCUUAACCACUAUGGACACCAAUGGAAAACCACUAUAUAUUCUCACUUACGGCAAACUCUGGACUCGUAGUAUGAAAGUCGCUUACAACAUACUGCAUAAAUUGGGCACAAAGCAAGAACCGAUGGUGCGGCCAGGAGACAGGGUAGCACUAGUUUUUCCCAACAACGAUCCUGCUGCGUUCAUGGUAGCAUUUUAUGGCUGCCUGCUUGCAGAAGUUGUCCCUGUUCCUAUUGAAGUGCCACUUACCAGGAAGGGGACUCCUCCUUCUGUCUGGAUUUUCAUAGAAGCCAAACCAAAUGAGAGCUCAUUUCUGAAGACUUUUCUUGCAAAAGAUGCAGGAAGCCAACAGAUAGGCUUCUUGCUCGGCAGCUGCGGCGUUACUGUGGCCUUGACUAGCGAUGCAUGCCAUAAAGGACUGCCUAAGAGCCCUACUGGGGAAAUACCACAGUUUAAAGGCUGGCCAAAGCUGCUAUGGUUUGUCACGGAAUCAAAACACCUAUCUAAACCUCCUCGAGACUGGUUCCCACAUAUCAAAGAUGCAAACAAUGACACAGCUUACAUUGAGUACAAAACGUGUAAAGAUGGAAGUGUUCUUGGGGUUACUGUGACGAGAAUUGCACUACUGACCCACUGUCAAGCUCUUACACAGGCCUGUGGAUACACAGAAGCUGAAACAAUUGUGAACGUAUUAGAUUUCAAGAAAGAUGUUGGCUUGUGGCAUGGGAUUCUUACGAGUGUUAUGAAUAUGAUGCAUGUCAUAAGCAUCCCAUAUUCCUUAAUGAAAGUGAACCCGUUGUCAUGGAUUCAGAAGGUCUGCCAGUACAAAGCAAAAGUUGCUUGUGUGAAAUCCAGGGAUAUGCACUGGGCAUUAGUAGCACACAGAGAUCAACGGGAUAUCAACCUCUCCUCACUCCGGAUGCUAAUAGUAGCUGAUGGUGCCAAUCCAUGGUCUAUUUCCUCUUGCGAUGCAUUUCUUAAUGUCUUCCAAAGCAAAGGCCUAAGACAAGAAGUCAUCUGUCCCUGUGCUAGUUCACCUGAGGCCCUCACAGUGGCUAUUAGACGGCCGACGGAUGAUAGCAACCAGCCACCAGGCCGGGGUGUCCUAUCCAUGCAUGGUCUUACCUAUGGCGUCAUUCGGGUGGAUUCUGAAGAAAAGCUCUCUGUUCUAACUGUGCAGGAUGUUGGCUUGGUGAUGCCUGGAGCCAUAAUGUGUGCAGUAAAGCCAGACGGAGUUCCUCAGCUCUGCCGAACAGAUGAAGUGGGUGAGCUUUGCGUUUGUGCUAUUGCAACAGGCACAUCAUAUUACGGACUCUCUGGGAUGACCAAAAACACAUUUGAGGUGUUCCCUAUGACCAGUUCUGGUGCACCAAUAAGCGAAUACCCUUUUAUAAGAACUGGGCUCCUCGGCUUUAUUGGUCCUGGUGGACUUGUUUUUGUGGUUGGCAAGAUGGAUGGUUUGAUGGUGGUCAGCGGACGAAGGCACAACGCAGACGACAUUGUAGCUACCGCACUGGCAGUGGAACCAAUGAAGUUUGUCUACAGGGGAAGAAUAGCAGUCUUCUCAGUGAGUGUCCUUCAUGACGAGAGGAUAGUUAUUGUUGCUGAACAAAGGCCGGACUCCACGGAGGAAGACAGCUUUCAGUGGAUGAGCCGAGUGCUGCAGGCUAUAGACAGUAUUCACCAGGUGGGGGUUUACUGCCUAGCCCUGGUACCAGCGAACACGCUCCCAAAGACUCCUCUAGGUGGAAUCCACUUAUCUGAAACAAAACAGCUUUUCCUGGAAGGAGCCCUGCAUCCCUGUAAUGUGUUGAUGUGCCCACACACCUGUGUAACAAACCUGCCUAAACCAAGACAAAAACAGCCAGAAAUUGGCCCUGCCUCUGUGAUGGUGGGGAAUCUGGUCUCUGGAAAAAGAAUUGCUCAGGCAAGCGGCAGAGAUUUGGGACAAAUAGAAGAUAAUGAUCAAGCCAGAAAGUUCCUGUUUCUCUCAGAAGUCUUACAGUGGAGGGCGCAGACAACUCCUGACCAUGUGCUUUACACGUUGCUAAAUUGUAGGGGGACAAUCGCAAACUCUCUAACGUGUGUUCAGCUACAUAAACGAGCUGAAAAGAUUGCAGUUAUGUUGAUGGAAAGGGGACACUUACAAGAUGGCAACCAUGUUGCUUUGGUUUACCCCCCAGGAAUAGAUCUGAUUGCUGCAUUUUACGGGUGCCUGUACGCGGGCUGCGUGCCGAUAACAGUUCGACCUCCGCAUCCGCAAAACAUUGCAACGACGUUGCCUACAGUGAAGAUGAUUGUGGAGGUGAGUCGCUCUGCCUGUUUAAUGACAACACAAUUAAUAUGUAAAUUGUUGCGGUCACGAGAAGCUGCAGCAGCAGUCGAUGUCAGAACCUGGCCUCCCAUAUUAGACACAGAUGAUUUGCCAAAGAAGCGGCCCCCUCAGAUCUACAAACCUUCUAAUCCUGACAUGCUGGCAUAUCUCGAUUUCAGUGUAUCCACAACUGGAAUGCUAGCUGGGGUGAAGAUGUCUCAUGCAGCCACUAGUGCCUUCUGUCGUUCCAUUAAGCUGCAGUGUGAGCUUUAUCCUUCUAGAGAAGUUGCUAUCUGUCUGGACCCUUACUGUGGACUUGGGUUUGUCCUUUGGUGCCUCUGUAGCGUUUAUUCAGGACACCAGUCUAUUUUGAUUCCUCCCUCAGAACUGGAGACCACACCUGCUCUCUGGCUUCUGGCUGUGAGUCAGUACAAAGUGAGAGACACUUUUUGCUCUUACUCCGUGAUGGAGCUUUGCACCAAGGGGCUUGGAUCACAAACAGAAUCUCUGAAGGCUAGGGGUCUGGACCUCUCAAGAGUGCGUACGUGUGUGGUUGUGGCAGAAGAACGGCCACGCAUAGCUCUGACACAGUCUUUUUCAAAGCUUUUUAAAGAUCUGGGCCUACACCCCAGGGCCGUCAGUACAUCAUUCGGUUGCAGAGUUAACCUGGCUAUAUGUUUGCAGCCACACAGGCUGGGGAAACUGGCCGAGCAGGGGACGUCUGGCCCAGAUCCAACCACUGUGUAUGUUGACAUGAGGGCCCUCAGGCAUGACAGAGUGCGCUUAGUAGAAAGAGGAUCCCCUCAUAGUUUGCCCCUCAUGGAAUCAGGAAAGAUCCUCCCAGGAGUUCGCAUCAUUAUUGCUAAUCCAGAAACUAAGGGGCCCCUGGGGGAUUCUCAUCUCGGAGAGAUAUGGGUUCACAGUGCACACAAUGCCAGUGGGUACUUUACUAUCUAUGGUGAUGAAUCCUUGCAGUCAGAUCAUUUUAACUCAAGACUUAGUUUUGGAGACACGCAAACCAUCUGGGCGCGGACUGGCUACUUGGGUUUCCUGAGAAGAACAGAACUCACAGAUGCAAAUGGGGAGCGACAUGAUGCACUUUAUGUGGUUGGUGCGCUAGAUGAAGCCAUGGAAUUGCGAGGAAUGAGGUACCACCCCAUAGACAUCGAGACAUCUGUCAUUAGAGCGCACAAAAGCAUUACGGAAUGUGCGGUGUUUACCUGGACAAACUUGUUGGUGGUGGUGGUUGAGCUGGAUGGAUCGGAGCAAGAAGCCUUAGACCUGGUUCCUUUGGUCACCAACGUAGUCCUGGAGGAGCACUACCUGAUUGUAGGCGUGGUGGUGGUAGUGGACGUUGGUGUAAUCCCUAUCAACUCCCGUGGAGAGAAGCAACGCAUGCACCUACGAGAUGGGUUUCUGGCGGACCAGCUUGAUCCCAUCUAUGUGGCCUACAACAUGUAGUCCUGCAUCUCGGAGGCUUCCAUGGACUUGACUCUAGAUGUAUAAAACACUUUUUUUGACGUACACAAAACCAUGUGCUGAUAAGAAAUUGACGUUCUUCAGAUUGGAACUGUUUCUAUUAGGACUUACUGAAGCAACUCAUUAUUGGCGGGACAUAAAAUGUGAAAUGUGUUUGUUUUACCACUACAUUUUAGCACAGAAGGACUUUGGGGUACUGCCUUCAGUUUGUUGGAAAGCCCAUUAUUAGACUUUUUAAAAAAAGAUUAUUUUUUGCUUAUUGGGAUGAUACUGCUUUCUAAGUAAUAUGGCUUUGUAUUUUAUGUUAAACUGAAGUAGCUAAUUUUUUUUAAUCUGCCCUCCAAGUGGAUAUUUUUGAACAGCUCAUAAAGUGACUGAAUUGUUUUUGGUUUGCUUGUUUUUAAAUGUCCAUAAAAAUCUUUUCCUGUAUGGAUCCAUUACUAAUUUUAAGCCAUUUUCUAUUCCAUUGUCUUAGGAAACUACAUUGAGGUACGAGGAAAAUACCCAAACAGCACCUUCUCUAAUUAGAGUUUUUAACAGCUUUCUCUCCUGGAAAUGCUGAAAGUACAAAGGCAAAAAGAGCCUUUGAAUAUUAGUGUUAGAAUGAACAGAAAUUUAUAAAUAAGGUGUAUUUCAGCAAGGAACUUGCCGAUAUCUUUGUACUAAACUAAAAAGAUAAAAUAAGUUAACUACUUCUGUAAUUAUGUACAAAACCUUUAAUUUAUUUUGAUCUCUUUAGAAGUAUAAAAGAGAAACAUUCAAGAAUAUUAAAGCUCUUGUAAUGUUUGCUAAUAUAAAAAACAAAAGGGUUGUAUUAUCUUGAGUGGAUAGUAUCACAUCAAAUAUAUAUAUAUGAAAUAUAAAUUCACUAAUGACAAAAAAGAUUUUAAAGUUUUAAAAAGAUGCAGUACUCAUCACUUGCAUGGUGUCUCUUUUCCCACUGUAGAUAAUCAAACAUUAUUCACAGACUUCAAGGAAAAAGCAGUCCUGGAUUGCUAAGUAUCCCUAUCGCAAAAGAAUCUUCCAGAUACCAGCAAGUGAAACCAAUUCUGCUGCCCGUGAGGCAGGGAGGGAAUUUUUAAGGUCAUGCUCCAGCCAGUUGGCCUGGUGCAGAGCAGAGAGUGCAGACCGGCUCCCGCAGGCCACGUGGAUACAGUUUGUCCGUCCUUCGGUAGCGCCCCCCCACCCCCCAUCCUGCAUGCUGCUCUUCCUCCAAGCUUGCCGAGCCUCUCAGCUGGGCCACCCCGUUGCUUCGGAAGCUUUGGGCUCCCACAUCUGGAGUUCUCCUCCCCCCCAGGUUGUGGCUUUGCCCCUCCUGCAGCCUGUGCCCUUGAGAUUGGAGAACAGGAGCGGCCAUGCUGGGAGGAAGGCAUGGGAGGGCCCCGUCCUGCAACUGAACGGUCUUGGUCUGUUUGAAAAGCAGCAGCGCAACCUGCUAGGGGUGGCACCGGCGGAGAGGCCCCACGGCACCCCGUGGGAGCCCUUCCGCAUUCUGCUUCCUGCGCACCUCGCAGGGCAGGGUUUACUUGCGGCCAAAGACUUAACAGUGCACUACGAAGGAUUCUUUUCUUUUCCAUGAAGGUGACAAUAAAUAUUUGUGCUGGCAUGUAUGUUCAUACACUUGUUAGACUUUUAGAAAAGGCAGUUUUGAAGAAUAGCACUGUUUUUCUUAGCUGCAUAAUAUCGUUGCACAAUAUUUGUCAUCAUUUUUUAAGUUGGUGUUUCUUUGUUGUUAUUUUUCCCUUGUGAUAAGGAAAAUUGUUUGUUUGUUUGUUUGUUUUGGUGGUCAUUUUGCACAAGAAUUUUCAUUUUUAUCUGUUUGCCUCACUGCUGUGUUUCAUUUUAGUAAGGGAGGGCACCGAUCCAACUGCUUCACAGUUUGGGGAAAGGUGUUGUUUUAAGGGGGCUCUCUUAUAGCCAUUUGGUGUGGAGAGCAGUAUAAAACUGUUCGCACAGCUUGGUGCAUUUACUAAUGUGUCCUUAUGCCAAACAAAAGAACUGCAAUUGAUGUUGCUGGUAAUCCCGUCCCUCAGUUCUAAAGGGAAUCUGACGACAGGACGAACAGAAAUGAAUGGAUCACAGCUGCCUUUUUUGAAUCCAUAACUCUAGUAAAUUAUAUUUUCCAUUUCUAGUUGUUCAUUGCCUUUCUUUUCUUUCCUUAUCUUUCCUUUCCAUUUCUUUUCUUUCAUUCAUUCAUUCUUUCUUUCUUUCUAAAUGCUGGUUUUUAUUUUAUCCCAGUGUAACCUGUUUGACUUGUGUCUGAUCUGAGGGUGAAGUUUAAACAACAGCAGUCCAAGAAUGCUUUUUUAAUGGUUCAAAAUAAUGUUAACUUGCUGACAUUCAUUACCGAAUAUGCAUGACUAAGACAGUUGCAGGACAAAAGCUACAAGAACUUUAUAUAACAUGUAUAAGGAAAAUAUUUUGUCUACCUUUGCAAAUUUCCUUUGUUUUUGAAGACCCCCACUUUUUUUCCGUUUAUUUUUAAGGCAGGAGGGAUGGGGGAAAUUCCUUGAAGAGGAGAGAUGGUUUCAGUCUGCAUGUAGAUCACACAGCAUCUUGUCAUGGCAGAUGAUUCUGUUUUUUAAUUUUCAGUAAUCCCUUUCACAAAUUUCUUUGCCCUGUGAAUAUUCCUAUUCAUACUCUAAAGACCAAUCCUGAAGCAUUCUGUCAGAGUGGAGUUUUUUGUUUGCUUUUUGAUCCCCUAACCUAGAACCUCUUUUCCCCCUUCAAAAUGUCAAGUUGCCGUAAGGUUCAGACAAGCCAUUGAUUGAUUAUGAGGAUAAUUACAGUGUAUGAACUAACUCGUGAUGUCCUUGCUAUUGCUGAACUCAGUGCUGAAAAAUACAAAUUUAGCUGUCAUUUCGUUAAAGCAUCACUUCUAACCUUGACCAAGUCAACUUUCCACUCCUGGGGAGAUGACAAAGAACUGCAAUGCAGUGACACGACGCAGUUAAUAACUGAUCUCUUCUGCAACCUGUCAUCUUUGGUUGUUUUAAUUCUGAAACUGAGGAUGGUAAAUGAUGAUGAACUGGAUUCCUAGUUUUGUCGUGCAAGUUGAGAGGAAAUAAAUACACGUACCAUCAGAUUCAGCAAUAAAGAAGGAUUGUUCUGUAUUAGAAACUGUACUGUAGAUAAACCAUUCAUGAGAAUGUAUUAAAAUGUUUGUCUUGUGACCUUGUGCUUUUGAAGUCAGACAAAACCAUGUAAUCAAACUGAUGCACAUGCACACCUAAAAAAAGAAAGAGGGUACACAAUGAACAUUUAAACACAAAACUAAUCAAACAGGAGCAGAUUCCUCAUGGUGCUUGUUUAUUAUAUAUAUUUAAUCCUGCUUGACACUUUACCCAAGGGAAGACUGUCCCUUUUAUCAGUUGAAUGUUAGCAGCGUUAUUUCAUAGAGUGUGGUGACUGGUUAGAGAAAUUCAUGUAACUCAGCCAAUCACAGUUUCAAAUGAAAAUUUUUAUGUGCAAACGAACAGCAACCUUCUUGUAUGUUAAACCACCAGUACGCUUUGUACAUCUGUGAUAACGCCUGUUUUAUAUUCAAAUGAACAAAUAAAAGCUUUUAUUUUUGUUGCUCUGAAAA